AUGUCUCUUACUAUGACAAAAAAGUUAUGUGAGAGUCAGACAGAAACUGUACAAUUUAUGGCGAUUGAAAAAAUCCAAAAGAAUUGUAAUCAAGAAAAAGAUUGUUGUAGUGGAAGUACAUUACUACGGAGAGGAAAAAAAUUAGAAGACAAUAAUAAUUUGUCAAAAGAAGACAUAGAAUAUAUUAAUUACAGACAACUUCUCAAGUUCGAACAAGCACCAGUGUAUUUGCAGCAUAAUCCAUUUAUCAGAGAUGGCUACCGGAAAUUGCUACCAACAAGACUCUGUUGGGAGAGCAUAUUCUGGUGGACGAACGAAACGAUGAAUAUAUGGACACAUAUAUUCGGUUUCUUUCUGCUGGGGUCGUUGACAAUCAACGAUCUUGCUAUAAUAAACAUACAUGCAACUGUAACAGACAAGACCGUCGCUGCUAUACUCUUCUCAUGUUUUCUAAUAUGCAUGGCGCUAUCGGCUCUGUAUCACACGUUUUCGUGUCGUUCGGAGACGGAUUACAACACGUUCCUCAUGUACGAUCUCUUUGGAAUCGCUCUCUCGCUGUUGGCUAUAUACACGUCGGGUAUUUACUAUGCAUUCUGGUGUAAUCAUGGCCUCCAAACCUUCUACAUGCUGUCUGUGACCCUUAUCUUCACGGUGGCGAUGCUGCUACAGGUGCCUCGUUUUGAGGUGCCUUAUACUGUGAAGAUGUGUGUGUUCAUUGGAUGGGCGGCGUAUGGUGUUGUACCUACUAUGCACUGGACUUAUGUUAUGGGCGGGUUUCAUAAUCCUAUGGUUGAGAUGUUCUUCCCCCGUGUUAUUGGAAUGUACGUGAUAAGUGGAACUGCCUUUGCAAUUUAUGCAUUUAAGAUUCCCGAGCGUUGGUACCCAGGUAAGGUAGAUUACAUCGGCCAUUCUCACCAAUGGUGGCAUGUUCUAGUUCUAGGCGCUCUUUACUAUUGGCACAACACAGCCAUGAUGUAUGUACAAUAUCGUAUGAACCACGGCUGCGCUAAUAACAUGAGAAUAUUCUAG